AUGAACUCAGCUUACUAUGUAGCUAGGGAUAUUGCUUAUAAUCGAGUCCACUACCCUCCUCUAGUUGAUGGUUUUCAAGCCCUAUGGAGAACAAUUUGGAAGGCCAAGGUUCCCAAGAAAGUGGCGGUUGGAGUUUGGCAAGCAUGCCAGAAUAUCUUACCUACUCGAGAGAGACUUUUAACGAAAAGAUAUGAGGGAAAAGCUAAUUGCUUGCUGUGUGCAUGCCCAAUGGAGUCCGUUGGUUAUGUUUUGGAAUAUUGUGAGAUUGCUAGAGAGCUAUUGGGGGAGGUGUCUCUGCAGAUUACUUGCCCGGUGACACCUAUCUUUGUUUUCAAGGAGUGGAUGUUGGAAUGUGUACAUCGAGUAUCCCUGCAACAGUUUGAAAAGUUUAUGGUUUUUCUGUGGGCGUUGUGGAAUAAUCGCAAUGCUGCGUUGUGGGAAGAGAAGCCGCGAUUACCGGCAGAUAUAGCAAUUGCUACUAUGAGUUGGUUUAAUGAAUAUAAGUUGGUGCAUGCUUCUUCAAUCCCUAGAAUGAAGGUAAUUCAGAGAUGGUCGAGACCGGUUGAGAAUGUUUUGAAGUGUAAUAUUGAUGGUAGUUUUAGUCAGUACCAGAUGAAAGGUGGAGUUGGCUGUGAACUCCGGAAUCACAGAGGGGAGUUUCAGGCAGCUGUGAGGAAGUUUAUUGCUACUGCAGCAUCUGCCUUCCAAGUUGAAUUCAUGGCCUUGUGA